AUGUCCCAGGCCGAGCAUGACCUUGGAGUGACAGCAACUGCUCAGCCUGCGGGGGGAGCAACGUUCUCCGCAAGGCCAGAAGGGGGAGCUAUGUUCUCUGCGAAGCAAGAGGGGGGAGCAAUGUCUACAGCAGAGCAGGAUUGCGGAGUGACGUCCUCAGCAGAGCAAGGGAGCAAGGCGAUGUCCCCAGUUGGGCAGCGUGAGUGGUGGGGUUUAUUAACAACAGAAUGUUUUACAGGGAGUCCUAAAGUCGUGGUGUCCAUAAAGCCUGAUACACAUGUGUUCAUUGGAGAGCGUGUUACUCUCAGAUGUGACGUACAGAGAGGAGGAAGAACUCAGCGGACAUACAGCUGGUAUAAAAAUAGUAACAGACUCACAGACAGCAGAAUGCAGGACUUCAUAAUCCAGUCUGUUAGAGACUCUGACAGUGGUGACUACACCUGCAGAGGACAGAGCAGUGACUCUCAGAGCUCAGAGAUCAGUGAUGCUGUUACACUGACUGUAUCAGGAAACCCCAAACCGACUGUGAGAGUGAAUCCUCAGAGCUCCGUCUACACUGGAGACACCAUCACUCUGAGCUGUGAGCUGCAGCAGUCUACUGGAUGGGAGUUUCUCUGGUACAAAAAUUAUCAGCUGUUACAGCUUCUGAACAGUGAACAAGCACACACACUUAAUGUGACAGUCGAUAACGCAGGAGAAACAGUGUACCAGUGUCAGGCAUGCAGGAGAAGCUACUUCUACUACUACAACUACUACAACAAUGGCUACUACUACACAGAGCUCAGUGAUUCUGUCAGGAUUACAGUGAGAGCAAGACCUAAACCAGUGGCAUCCAUAAAUCCUGAUAAACAGGUGUUCAGUGGAGACGCCGUCACUCUGAGAUGUGACAUACAAGAUGAAGGUGUCUCUAGCUGGCAGUACAGCUGGUAUAAAGAUGCUUCACACAGUCCUGUCAGUAGUGAACAGGUGUACAGGAUCAGUGGGGUUGAAGUGACCCACACAGGUAACUACACCUGUAGAGGAGAAGAGAGAAGAGGCUCACGCUCCUCACACUUCAGUGAUGCUGUUACACUGACUGUAUCAGAGAGACCACGGGCAGUACUGAGUGUAUCUCCACAGAGCUGGCUGACUGAAGGAGACUCAGUGACUCUAAGCUGUGAGGUUACAGACUCCUCUACAGACUGGACAUUCAGCUGGUACACAACUGUUCCCUACAGAAACGGCUUAACUCAAAUAAAAAAUAAUUGUGGCUAUAUCAUGUAUGUGGAGCUCCUCUCAGACAGCAGCAGAGGAUCUGGAGGCAACUACACUCUCAGUCCUGCUGCUCUUCAUCACACAGGAGUUUAUAUGUGCAGAGGAGAGAGAGGAGAACCAGCCUUUCACACACAGUACAGCAAUCCACAGCCACUAUGGAUCACUGGUGAAUCUCCUCCAGCAUCUCUGAUCAUCAAUCCCAGCAGAACUCAACACUUUACUAAAGACUCUCUCUCACUGAGCUGUGAGGACCAGAGUAGCUCUACUGGAUGGACAGUGAGACGAUACACACACAGUGAGGGAGUGUUAGAUUGUUCAUCAGUUACAGAAUCUACAUGUAAAAUCAGCUUCCCCUCCACAUCCUACACUGGAGUUUACUGGUGUGAGUCUGAAUCUGGAGAAAACAGUAAUCCUGUCAACAUCACAGUGCAUGAUGGUGAUGUGAUCCUGGAGAGUCCUGUCCAUCCUGUGACUGAGGGACAUUCUCUGACUCUACACUGUUUAUAUCGCAACACAAAUUCCUCAAACCUCCGAGCUGAUUUCUAUAAAGAUGGAUCAGUUCUCCAGACACAGACUACAGGAGAGAUGAUCAUCCAAACUGUCUCAAAGUCAGAUGAAGGUUUCUACCACUGUAAACACCCAGAGAGAGGAGAGUCACUGAAAAGCUGGCUCUCAGUCAGAGGUUCUGGAUCAGGUGGUGGAACAGUAGGAGUGGCUGUGGGUUUGGGAAUUUUGUUCAUCGCUUUACUGAUCUUAAUGAUCCUGCUGUGGUCCUACAAAAGAAAAAAAGAAAAGCAGCAGAAAACCAAUCAGACAUCAGAGCAGAAUCAGAGCCGGUCAGGAGCUGAAGACUCUCAGUCAGGAUACACACCACUUCAGGCUGGUGAAGCUGCAGCUGAGAGUGAAGCCACUUACGCACAGGUCAUGAAGAAAAAGAAGAGAAACAGGAACAAUGGUGCUGAUGCUGAAGCUGGUGUUAGUGAUGUGACUUAUGCUGAGCUUGAACUAAAACCAAUGAAAAAAGCAAAGAGAAUAAAAGAAAAGACCAGUGUGGGAGAUGAUACUGUCUACUCAGAGGUGAAGCACAACAUGGAGAGGCCAUGCUACACCUCCAGCAGCCAGCAGAGGGCAGCAGUGGAGCACAGUGAAAGCAGCCAUUCAGGAGAACUCAGUUACCUGGAUCCAGUAACCUGGAUUAACUGCACCUGCCAGAGUGAGUGGUGGGUAAGACCUAAACCAGUGGCAUCCAUAAAUCCUGAUAAACAGGUGUUCAGUGGAGACGCCGUCACUCUGAGAUGUGACAUACAGGAUGAAAGUGUCUCUAGCUGGCAGUACAGCUGGUAUAAAGAUGAUUCACACAGUCCUGUCAGUAGUGAACAGGUGUACAGGAUCAGUGGUGUUGAAGUGACCCACGCAGGUAAAUACACCUGUAGAGGAGCAGAGAGAAGAGGCUCACGCUCCUCACACUUCAGUGAUGCUGUUACACUGACUGUAUCAGAGAGACCACGGGCAGUACUGAGUGUAUCUCCACAGAGCUGGCUGACUGAAGGAGACUCAGUGACUCUAAGCUGUGAGGUUACAGACUCCUAUACAGACUGGACAUUCAGCUGGUACACAACUGUUCCCUACAGAGACGGCUUAACUCAAAUAAAACAUAAUCGUGGCUAUAGCAUGUAUGUGGAGCUCCUCUCAGACAGCGGCAGAGGAUCUGGAGGCUCCUACACUCUCAGUCCUGCUGCUCUGAAUCACACAGGAGUUUAUAUGUGCAGAGGAGAGAGAGGAGAACCAGCCUUUCACACACAGUACAGCAAUCCACAGCCACUAUGGAUCACUGGUGAAUCUCCUCCAGUCUCUCUGAUCAUCAAUCCCAGCAGAACUCAACACUUUACUAAAGACUCUCUCUCACUGAGCUGUGAGGACCAGAGUAACUCUACUGGAUGGACAGUGAGACGAUACACACACAGUGAGAGAGUGUUACAUUGUUUAUGGUGGGGAUUAGUUACAGGAUCUACAUGUAAAAUCAGCUUCCUCUCCACAUCCUACACUGGAGUUUACUGGUGUGAGUCUGAAACAGGAGAAAACAGUAAUCCUGUCAACAUCACAGUGCAUGAUGGUGAUGUGAUCCUGGAGAGUCCUGUCCAUCCUCUGACUGAGGGACAUCCUCUGACUCUACGCUGUUUAUAUCGCAACACAAAUUCCUCAAACCUCCGAGCUGAUUUCUGUAAAGAUGGAUCAGUUCUACAGACACAGACUACAGGAGAGAUGAUCAUCCGAACUGUCUCAAAGUCAGAUGAAGGUUUCUACCACUGUAAACACCCAGAGAGAGGAGAGUCACUGAAAAGCUGGCUCUCAGUCAGAGGUUCUAGAUCCGGUGGUGGAACAGUAGGAACGGCUGUGGGUUUGGGAAUUUUGUUCCUCGCUUUACUGAUCUUAAUGAUCCUGCUGUGGUCCUACAACAGAAAAAAAGAUCUUCAGAAAACCAAUCAGACAUCAGAGCAGAAUCAGAGCCGGUCAGGAGCUGAAGACUCUCAGUCAGGAUACACACCACUUCAGGCUGGUGAAGCUGCAGCUGAGUGUGAAGCCACUUACGCACAGGUCACGAAGAAAAAGAAGACAAACAGGAACAAUGCUGGUGUUAGUGAUGCGAUUUAUGCUAAUCUUGAAAUAAAACCAAUGAAAAAAGCAAAGAGAAUAAAAGAAAAGGCCAGUGUGGGUGAUGAUACUGUCUACUCAUAACUGAAGCACAACACGGAGGUAAGACUCAUGACAUUUACACCCAGCGUCCUUUCAGCACCGCGUUUGUGUUGGACAGCCGGAGUGCGCGUGGCUGUGGGGCGGAGCGACCUAACUCAGCACGGCUGGCGGCCAAUGAGUGGCGCGGCUCCUCUUCACCCUCCCGGAGAAGACGAGGAGCUAUAA